CUGCAGACUUCUGGUCUGAGGAGGGAAGUUCUCUCUGCAGCGAGUCCUUGGCUGCCAGAGCUGUCUCGUUCACCGACUGCUCCUCUCCCACUGCCGCAGGGUCGACAGCUAGAUCAAAGUCGAGUCUGCGAGCCAGUCUCGAUGACUUCUCCCCUGAUAGCUUUGCUCUCCAGUAGGCGUGCUGCUCCAGUACCAACUCAACAUGGCCCCGCAGAGUACCCGCCACGUACAUCAACUUCUCGAGGAGAUGAACUCGCUCGUUGUACCCAGGAUCGUUCCCUCCGUCGUUGAAUCGCCCGUUCAAGACGUCUCGAAACUCGGGGAACUGUCGGCUGAUCUGGUACAUCCCGGGGAAAUCUUGGUGGGUCUUCAAAACCUCCGAUACUCGGUUUGCGAUUUCCUCCAGGCGAGGUUGAAGACUGGCUAGCGUUGCUCCGAGCGCUCCUGCACCGGGCGAGCCUCUGCGAA